UUUUCCAUCUGAUAAGCCAAGCUUAUUUAUAAAUGUCGAGUUGCCUCUAUUUUUUAAACACUUAAACAACAACUUCAGGUGUAAUAUUACAGAAGUGUUUUUGUACCUUUAAUUAAAAAUAUAUGCUUUUCUUAAAGAGCAGUCUUGAAUUGACAUUUUAUAUAUUUUAGGAUUGUAGAUACAAGAAAAGUAUAAACAAAUUACUAAAAAAUACAAAACUGACUGAAGAAGUUACAUUAUCUUUGAAAUUUUCUAUGUAGGGUUAGCCUACAGCUAUGAAAAAUCUAUUUGUGUUAUUGUGUUUAAAAGAAGGCAAAUGCAAGCGAGACAACAUGAAUUCACUCGACCCACAUCACCGCAACUUUCUUUCUUGACUACUUCGAAUAAUUUGGGAAAUGUUCAUGUGCAGACACAUUUUGAUAACAAUGUUCCUGCCAACAAAAUCAUCCAUGUCACAAAUUAUAAUCGAGGUUCCGUUUCAGAUUCAAUUCUUGAGGACUCUUGUGACAGCUUCAUGGAUACUGACACUGAAGAUGCUAGUUUACCUGGGAACCCUCAAGCUGAUGCCGAGCCUUAUUUAUCCCUAAGAAGUGCUCUGAAUAAAGUUGUUAAUACAAAACCAGAUGUAUCUGAUCCUUACCAUCGCUAUCCACAGCAUAGUAGUGGUGACCUAUCUCCUCGAAAAGAACUCAAAAAAUUAAUUAAAGAAGUGGAAACCUCUAAGCCAACUACACCUGAAUAUUCUCCACGUAAAGAUGAGUUUGUAAUCGACAAGUUAAUGACUGAUGGUAUUCCGCAAAUCAAAAUUAUAGAGGAACCUGAAACAACUUACAGAGCAAGAUACGAAAGUGAGGGUUGUAAGGGUCCAAUUCAUGGAGCUACUGAAACAGGCUUUCCAACAAUAAAGAUUGAAGGCUACGUUGGUGACGUUGUUAUUACUGUGUUUGUUGUGACACGUGAAGAUGAACCUCACUUGCACACUGCUACUGGUCCUGGCUCGACAAAAGCUCCUUGUAAGGAAGUCACAUUAAAAGAUGGGACACCUGCCAUUCAAAUGUUGAUGAAACCCGAAGAUGAAAAUGAUGAAAUGAUUGCAAUCUUUGACCAGUUAAGUAUCAGGCGGGUUCGAAACUGGGAAGCUGAUCGUGAACUUCGAAAGCGUGGUAUUGAACCUUCCACAUGGAAAAGUAAGAAGAAGGAAGCAAAGUUGGCGUUUCAAGCAUCUAUAGCACCUUCUAAAAAUCACACUGGUUAUUUAUUGACAACAUACUCAAGAUCAUUUUUAUGUACGGCACCAUCUGGAAACCCUGAGAUAUGGUGGGCUAGUUUGAGCGAAUGUUCAGCUGAAGGUGGCGAAGAAAUGGGAUUUAUUGGAAAGAAAUUUGCUUCUGGGUUUAAAGUUCGUUUCUUCUCAAAAGAGGAUUAUGGCAAUACAUGGGAAGCGUUCGCAGAGGUGGACAAAGCAAAAUCUAAUUUAAAUGCUUGUGUUGUAAAAGUACCUCCUUAUAAAGAAACAACGCUGCCUGAAAGUAUUGUAGUGUACGUUGAAAUUCGGGUUGGUCCUGAAAAGGAACCAAGAAAUAGUGACCCGUACCCGUUUACCUAUUCCGCCAGCAAAACCGUGGAAGGUUGUGCGAACUGUGCUCAAAUUAAAGGAUUUCUUCAGCGCGUGUAUAGCGCACAAAGUGGUGAUAUGCCAUCAAGUUUAACCGUUGCUUCUCUAAAUGCUGAAGCGAAACAAGACAGUUCUGAACGAAAUAUAGAUGUUAGUAAAAUGGGUGCGAAUAUAGAACCGACAACUCCAACCAAGUUACGACUAGAUUCGCCUGCUAAACGUGUUGCGAAUAUGCCGUCUGUUUUACCCAGCAGUGCAUCUAACGAUAUCCGUGUUCUUUUGCAACAGGAGAAGUCAGUACUCAACGGGACAUGUGCAAACAACAUUGCGCCUUCAACGUUAGGUGUGCUCUAUGUACAGAAUAACGUUUUGCCAGUUGUUGCCCCAACAAGUAGACCGAAUGUUGCUGUCCAACCUGGUUUUAUGAUACAGCAGCCAGUUUACAAUAACAAGCCUAUUCAAAACAUCACUGCACCUGCGCUCGUUAACCCGCAAACUAUUAAUGCUACCAAUUUAACUACUGCAAAUUUCGUAGGAUCGCAACAACAAAUUAAUGCUGUUAAUUCCAUGCUUUCUGUUCUUCCUAAAACAAAUGUUUCAGUCACGACACAGACUGCUUUGACACAAACACCUAUCGUACAUUUACCAAACAAUGACAUGCAAGCAGCGUCUCACGUGACGUACCGACAUACGACGCAGGCUGUGCCUAUUUUAGUAUCUAGCGAACAACAUGCGGGAAUAACUGGUUUAAUUACUCCGACUUUAACCGUACCGUCGAACUACGAGCUUGUAAAUCAGUGCGCUACCGCGCCUGUAGUUAAUAUGCAGUCCGGUGGGACUAAGGAAUUUCUUCAAAAUAGUUCCAUUGCAAUUCAGCAAGCGUUCGAGAAGGUCAAAGAAGAAGAAAUAUCACCAAAUUAUCUUCAAGAUAAACAACAUAUGUAUAACAGCCAAGUACCGAUAAUGUUUUCCAAUAAUGCUUUGACGUUUCCCUUGAUAUCCACUCGUGAUUCGCAAAGCAUUAUUGUUUCUACUUCUUCAAGCGUGCCAAUAGUUCCCCGCUCUAUUCCGUGUGUAAAUGUCCUGAACUCGACUUCGACAACUAUGAAACCCUUCGACUCAGCUGUCGAUAACUUUUUACCUACACAAACUGUUCCCUUGGAGAAGCAGAUACAGAUUUUAACAAACCAUGUAGAAAAACUGAAAAAGUUGAAGACGAGCGAAACUAUGUUGCAAUAUAAUGUGUUAGAUCGUCAGCAAGGAAAUUUCCUUCAAUCUCAGACGCAACUAUCGUUUUCAUCCGCGACCACGGUAGAACCUUUUGUCCACAGUAAGCUGCAGCAAGCAGCUAGUCAACUUCACGUCAACCAACAACCAAUACAAGUUCCGUCAUCAGUUUACCAGCAGAUGGAGAAGGAACAAGUCCAACACACGUCGCCUGAUUAUCAAAUAAUACAAAGUGCUCUUGCCAAUGAGAACCUCGCCUCAGCCAUCUCGACAUCGUUUAUAACUGCAACUAGCCCUGUGCAGACCGUCCCAACAACAUAUACUGCUAUUGCUCAGAAGCAAGCAUACAUGACUGUACCUCAGUCGGUGAACCAAGUAUUACCAACUUCAACAUACCAGACGGCAGUCGUCUAUCAACAACAAAACGGUGUCGGGCAGCAGCAACAGUUUACCUCGUCCAACUUUUCUAACACAGCUUCUCAACAACAAGCUACCAUUACUCCAUUUUCAAACAGUCGAAAUGCGCACCAAGCGCAGCAAACUGCCACUGUUUACAACCAGCAAGUUGCGCAUGUUCACCCGUCUUCCUAUCAAACCCAGUCGCAGCCGCAAACAUCUUCGUUCACUCUGCAACAGCAAGCAUUCCAACAGCCCUCACAGCCUCAUCAUCAACACCCUUCUCCAACGUUUCAGCAACACCCUUCUCCAACGUUUCAGCAAACAAGACUCAUUUAAGAAACAAGACUCAUUUAACGAAAUAUCGUUGACUGUUGGACUAAAAUAUUACUUCCUGCGCUGCGGUUGCGCAAUAAAAUUUCUUUACAUACAUAUGAAACUUAGGCUUUAAAAAACACAACCAUUCAUAGCGCAGUCAUGUUGCGAUGACUGUGCUU